CAGCAUUCAUACGUUUCAUCACAUCAACCUACUGCUCAUAAACAAACACAGAAAUGAAGAUUGUCUUUGUCAUCUUCUUUUGCUCCUUCCUCCAAACUUGUAUCUCCAAUGAUACCAUCAUGAGAAGACAGUCACUGAGAGAUGGUGAAGUCAUACUCUCUGAAGGGGAGAGGUUCGCCUUUGGAUUCUUCAGCCUUGGAGUUUCAAAUCUCCGGUAUGUUGGGAUUUGGUAUGCUCAAAUCUCUGAACAAACCGUUGUAUGGGUUGCAAACCGAGACCGUCCUAUUAAUGACACAUCUGGUCUGAUAAAGUUCAGCGGCAGAGGGAAUCUCUGCGUCUAUGCAUCAGUCAACAGAACGGAGCCUCUCUGGUCGACCAAUGUUUCCGACAGUAUCUCGCAACCAACUCUAGUUGCGAGACUCUCUAAUACAGGGAACCUUGUUCUCCUUGAUACACUCACAGGGAGAGGUUACUGGGAGAGCUUUGAUCAUCCUACAGACACUUUUCUUCCCUUUAUGAAACUUGGUUUCACACGAAAAGGCGGUUUGGAUCGGGUUCUGACAUCAUGGAGAUCUCCAAACGACCCUGGCUCCGGAAACCGUACUCUGCGGAUGGACCGUAGAGGGUUUCCGGAGCUGAUUCUACACAAAGGUACGAUCCAAUGGUGGCGCACCGGGCCGUGGACCGGGCUGAGGUGGAGCGGCGUGCCCGAAAUGAACAGAGGAUACAUCUUCAACAACUCGUUUGUGAAUAACCAAGACGAGGUAUCGUUCACUUACGGGGUAACGGAUGCUUCGGUGAUAACGAGGUUGUUAGUGAACGAGAGAGGAACCAUACAACGGUUCACAUGGAUCGCUAGGGAUAACAGAUGGAACGAGUUCUGGUCGGUUCCUAAAGAGGAAUGCGACUACUACGCACACUGUGGGGUCAACGGUUUCUGCGAUCCCAUUAGCUCAGAGACGUUCGAGUGCACGUGCUUACCUGGCUUUGAGCCCAAGAUUACUCGCCACUGGUUCUUGAGGGACUAUACUGGCGGGUGUUCGAGGAAGAAUCAAACUUCGCUGUGCCGUGAGAAAGACGGGUUUGUGAAGCUAACGCACGCGAAGAUUCCCGACACGGAAAAUGCAAGUGUUGAUAUGAACUUGACGUUGAAGGAGUGCAGACAGAGGUGCUUAGGUAACUGCUCUUGCGUCGGUUACGCAAGCGCUUACCACGACGGUGUGGGAGGAGAAAGAGGGUGCUUGACGUGGCACGGUGAUAUGUUGGAUACGAGGACUUACUUGAACUCUGGACAAGAUUUCUACAUACGUGUUGACAAGGAAGAGUUAGCGAGGUGGGACAGUAAUGGCUCAUCAAGGAAGACGAGAGUUGUUCUGGUUCUCAUCAGUUUGUCUGCAGCCGUGAUGCUACUAAUGGUCAUUGUGUUCUGUUUUGUAAGGAAGCGGCGAAAGUUAAACAGUCUUAGAAGAUCUUCAACAACCUUCUCCAUGGUUUCUUUUGAUUUUGAAGACUCACUCAAAUUUGAAGAUGACAGGGAGUUACCUCUUUUUGAUCUUCACACGAUCGCUGCAGCCACUGAUAACUUCUCUUCCCAUAACAAGCUUGGAGCUGGUGGUUUCGGACCUGUUUAUAAGGGCGUGUUACAAAAUGGUAUGGAGGUAGCAGUGAAGAGGUUGUCGAAAAACUCAGGCCAAGGAAUGGAAGAGUUCAAGAACGAAGUCAAGUUGAUAUCGAAAUUGCAGCAUCGAAACCUCGUGAGGAUAUUAGGAUGUUGCGUGGAGCUGGAAGAGAAGAUGUUGAUAUACGAGUACUUACCAAACAAGAGCCUAGACUGUUUCAUAUUCGGUAAGUUCAACAUUUCCAACAAAUUCAAAUUUCCCGCUUCAAAAAGAUCAAUGAGUUUGUUGUAUUUGUUAUCCUCCUCUUUAGAUGAAGAGCAAAGAGCGGCGUUGGAUUGGCCAGUACGGAAAGGAAUAAUCAGAGGAAUUGCUCGUGGAACCAUGUAUCUACAUCAAGAUUCAAGACUGAGGAUCAUCCACAGAGACCUCAAGGCCAGCAAUAUACUUCUUGACAACGAAAUGAUCCCCAAGAUUUCGGACUUCGGCAUGGCUAGAAUCUUUGGAGGCAACCAAAUCGAAGGAUGCACUAACCGGGUCGUUGGAACAAUUGGAUAUAUGCCACCUGAGUAUGCAAUGGAGGGUCACUUCUCUGUAAAAUCUGACGUCUACAGCUUUGGAGUAUUGAUGUUAGAGAUCAUUAGCGGAAAGAAAAACAGUUCUUUCCACAAGGAUUCAUCUAACCUUGUCGGACACAUUUGGGAUCUAUGGGAAAAAGGUGAAGCAAAAGACAUCAUAGACAAUUUAAUGGACCAAGAGAGUUAUAGUGAGAGCGAAGUGGUGAAGUGCAUACACAUUGGGUUGCUUUGCGUGCAAGAAAACGCUUCGGACAGAGCAGAUAUGUCCUCUGUUCUCAUCAUGUUGGGUCAAACCGCUAUUGAUCUUCCAAAUCCUAAGCUUCCUGCGUUUACUGCAGUGAGAAGGAGAGGCAGCGAAAACGUUGCUUUGGUCAUUGCAGAACCUGGUAGUUCUGUUAAUGACAUUACCUUCACCGAUGUUCAAGGUCGUUAGAUUUCUUACAAAAAGAGGAAGUUUCUUGGUUUCAUUAGAAUAAAUAUCUGCAGAAGAGUCAAAGAUGUUAUUGUUAUAAAUCCAUGAUAUGGAUAUGUGGAUUGCCAUUAACCAUCAAGGAGGUUUACAUCCGACCAGACUAUCCGGUCCGUCUACACCCGUCUCCGGUUCGUCUCAUCCGUCCAAGACUAGUCAAGAUGAAGACUCAUUCAACCGGAGCAUUUAUGAGCUUUGACCAAGUCUAGAUAUUUGUGGUCAAUAUGUAAUAAAUGUGUAGAUUCUCUCCUUUGUGUAAACCCUUAUGAACCUCCACUAUAUAUUGAUAGUGAGAGCUAAUGAGAAAGACACAACUUUCACAACAACACUUCUCUCAUAUUUCUAACACGUUAUCAGCACGAUUGUGCUCUCCACCUAAGAAAUCUCUCUCUGCCGGCGAUUCCCUUUCCGGC